AUAUAAAUCCUAUUCAUGCAGCAGAGGUGCAUACCUCUGUAGAGUAAAUGCCAGCUGACAAUAGCUGUGCUAAUCUUGAUUGCUUUUUAUGGACUUCUGAGAAAGAGUCCCUGAGCUCCCAAGGGGCGUGCAGAUCACAGAGUGAAAAAAGUCUGACCGAAUCUAUUCCAGGGUUUUUACCAUGGCUCAGCAGCGGGCACGUGCUGUUCAGAUAAUACCAUCAACAAAGUCUCCCCUCACUGACUCCCUUGGCAGUCCUGAAAAGUAGUCCUUGGAGCAGGUUCCUGGAAGGUCGGGGGCUGCCUGCUGUUUCCCGUGGAGAUCAUGAAACGACGUCGGCUUCCUAGCAGCAGUGAGGAUUCUGAUGACAAUGGCAGUCUGUCCACCUGGUCCCAGCAUUCCAGAUCUCGACAUCGGAGGCCUUCGUGUUCCAGACAUGAAGAUCGAAAACCUUCUGAGGUGUUCAGAACGGACCUGAUCACUGCCAUGAAGUUACAUGACUCCUUCCAGCUGAACCCUGAUGAAUACUAUGUGCUGGCAGACCCCUGGAGGCAGGAGUGGGAAAAGGGAGUUCAGGUGCCAGUUAGCCCAGGGACCAUCCCAGAACCAGUAGCCAGGAUUGUGUCUGAGACGAAAGCUGUCACCUUUACACGUCCCAGGAAGUAUAUUGUUUCAUCAGGUUCGGAGCCUCCGGAGCUGGGCUAUGUUGACAUUCGAACCUUAGCGGACAGCGUGUGUCGCUACGAUCUCAAUGAUGUGGACGUAGCAUGGCUGCAGCUUGCCAAUGAAGAAUUCAAAGAAAUGGGGAUGCCCGAGCUGGACGAGUACACGAUGGAAAGGGUCAUAGAGGAAUUUGAACAACGAUGCUCAGAUAACAUGAACCAUGCUAUUGAGACAGAAGAAGGACUUGGGAUUGAAUAUGAUGAAGAUGUUGUCUGUGAUGUCUGUCAGUCUCCAGAUGGAGAAGAUGGCAACGAAAUGGUGUUUUGUGACAAAUGCAAUAUUUGCGUGCACCAGGCGUGUUACGGGAUCCUGAAGGUGCCGGAAGGCAGCUGGCUGUGCAGGACCUGCGCCCUUGGCGUUCAGCCCAAGUGUUUGCUGUGUCCCAAGAAGGGUGGCGCCAUGAAGCCGACCCGGAGUGGCACCAAGUGGGUCCAUGUUAGCUGUGCCCUGUGGAUUCCAGAGGUAAGCAUUGGAAGCCCAGAAAAAAUGGAGCCCAUUACAAAGGUUUCUCACAUUCCCAGCAGCAGAUGGGCACUGGUAUGCAGCCUUUGUAAUGAAAAAGUUGGAGCAUCUAUACAGUGUUCAGUGAAGAACUGCAGAACAGCCUUUCAUGUCACCUGUGCGUUUGACCGUGGCUUGGAGAUGAAGACCAUACUGGCAGAGAAUGAUGAAGUGAAAUUUAAGUCCUACUGUCCCAAGCACAGCUCUACCAAGAAAGUGGAUGAUGAGACUUUCAGUGAAAGCCCAGGCCAGGAGAACGGGAACGGGAUUGAGGAGCGCUCUCUUCCUGCCCACAUCGACCCUUUCCACGGCAUGGAUCAAAACCAGGAGGAGGCCCACAGAGUCAGCCUCCGCAAGCAGAAGCUCCAGCAGCUGGAGGAUGAGUUCUAUACGUUUGUAGAGUCUUCGGAAGUGGCUAAAGUGCUGCGGCUGCCCGAAGAGCCGGUGGGAUUCCUGUACCAGUACUGGAAGUUGAAGAGAAAAGCCAACUUCAAUAAGCCUUUGAUUACCCCAAAGAAGGAUGAAGAGGACAAUCUGGCUAAACGGGAACAGGAUGUUCUGUUCAGAAGGUUGCAGCUCUUCACACACCUCCGGCAGGAUCUAGAGCGGGUGCGUAAUCUCACUUACAUGGUGACCCGAAGGGAAAAAAUCAAGAGAUCUGUUUGCAAAGUUCAAGAACAGAUAUUUAAUAUCUACGCAAAGCAGUUGGAACGAGUUUCAGGUAUGCCUUCCUCAUUCCCCUCAAUGGAAAACACAGUGUUGUUUAAUAGUCUGUCUUUGGGCCCCAAUGCCCCUAAGAUUGAGGAUUUGAAAUGGCAUUCGGCAUUCUUCAGGAAACAAAUGGGCACAUCCCUAACCCACUCUUUGAAAAAGCCACACAAGAGAGACAGAGUAAGAAACAGCGCUGGGAAUGACAGCAAAUCCAUGCUGAGGCAGCCCAGCCAAAGGGAUGGUGGUGCAGCUCCAGGGAGCUUUUUAAAUUUUGACAAGAGCUUUGCAGAGACACGGAUUGUAUCAGCACAGCAGAAAAAUGGCAUAGUUAUACCAGACCACAGAAAAAGAAGAGACAAUCGUCCACAGUGUGAGGUGAUCAAGGCAGAACUAAAGGAAAAGACUUCUAAACACAACCACAAACCACUGAGACCCACAGAACUCUCUCAGAGGCAACCGGAAAAUAAAAGGGCUGUGAACCACUCCGGUGGUAGGUCAGCACCUGGCACGCGGAGGGAAAUAGUGCCUAAAUGCAAUGGGGGUCUAGUCAAAGUAAACUCGAAUCAGACAGUAGUUAAAGUGCCUACGACACCCACGAGCCCAGUGAAAAACUGGGGCGGAUUCCGAAUUCCAAAGAAGGGAGAGAGGCAACAGCAGGGCGAGAGCCCGGAGGAGACCUGCCGCCAGAACUCCAGCUACCCCUACCUGGGCGUGGGCAGAGUUUCACCGAAGGACAGGGCAAAAAGCAAGCUAAAGCCCGACAGCGAGAAUGAUGGGUACAUCCCCGAUGCCGAAAUGAGCGACUCGGAGACUGAGGUGGCUGAGAAAAAGUGCAGGCAGCAGAGGCUCAGUCCAAACAGCACUAUCAGCAGAAGGACGGACAUUAUUAGGAGAAGCAUCCUGGCAUCCUGACUGGACACAGGGACACAGUGUCGUCACCGUGGUCAGUAGAGUCACUGCCUACAAGCCAACUCCACAUUAGUUAUUGGUGUGAGAGAAGAGAGUUCUUAGACAUGGCUACAGACUGACAAAUUGAAACCCCGUUAUUCCUGAGCUGUGUAAACAUGUUUACAUGCACUUAAAGCUGUUUUCUUUUGCCCCCCUCCGAUUCUGUGAGAAGUUUGAAUCUCCUUUAUUUGCAACUUUCCUGAGUAAGCAGAGAAAUUACAUCAUUAAAACAGGAUUUGUGAUGAACACUAAAAUAACAACUCAGAAAAACCUUUUAAAAUGGGCUAGGGUGGGUAGGGGGAAGUAGGCUGCAUUCAUCCCUUUUAGCUAAAAAGCACUGAUAAAAUUUUACUCCCUUCCCCCUACCCUCAGGAAAAGCACAAGCUCUUAAUUUAACUAGCGCGUAUGGAAUUGAAGAUGGUUGUUUAACCGUACUGCACUGCUACACCCCAUUACGAAUGGUCACUUUCCUUGAAUGGCGGUGGUAGGUCUUUCUCUGCAGAAUGUUUUCUGUUGCAUUCAAUUUGAGCGUAGACGGCAGCUCAAACCCCUCCACGAGCUCCAGAGUUUACAUGUAAAUAAAUACACCUACGAGAUGACCAGAUCUAACCGGGACGUUAUGCUGGAGAAAGAGGAAGGGACAGGUCAGGGCUGCAGCUGCCUUACAGUGCAACAGCUUGAAAAGCCUCAGCCCGAGCCCGGAGGACACGCUCAAAUGGCUGAGUUCUGAGAAAGGGGGCAGGCUGGGGGGUUACAGCACCCUGUGGAAUAACCUGUCACCAUUUAGUCAGAUGCCUGCCUCCGGGAGUAUGACGACAAUUCAAGAAAAUAAAUUUCUAAGGCACUAGUCGGUAGGAUUUCCCAAAGCCCACCAGAUAAUGCACUAAUGGUAUGUAUUGGGAAAGCCAGGCUUAUGACACUAAAGGGUUGCUUUAAAAUGGACAUGAAUAUAUAUUUUUAAAUAGAAUAAAAUGGAAAGGCAAUAAAUUGUGAUUAGCUCUUUACAGUCAAAUGAAGAAAAAAUAUUUCAUUCUAUUCUGGAUUAGAUUUGAUGGAAGAGGGAACUUGUAUUCUGAUUGUGUACUUUUUUUAAUAAUUGCAAAUGGCAAUAACUAGUAAGCUAUGAGCAAUAAUAAUAUUAACAGAUCAUUAGGAUACUGUUUUGUACCAAGUAGAGGGCACAUAUGAUAGUGGAGUGUUAGGAGCCUGUAAAUUUUGGAAUUCUGCAUAGAUGUAAGUCAGGUACAUACUGGUGAAAAAGCGGAAGCAGCAAUGUGUUACAGAAAGACAGGCAUAAAGAACCCCCUUCCAGCCUCCCCUCCCCGGCCUGCCAUUAGCACAUCCGCUCACUUUUUAAUGUCAGACCGUUGCCUCUUGAGCAGGGAACGUUUAAAACACAGUAGAACUCUGCCAUAACUGAGUCUUCCAGAGGAUUCAAUCAAAAAAAAAAAAAAAAGAGAAAAAAAAAGUUUUCUUAACGCCCUAUCUUGCUAUGCAAGUUAUCACUUAAUUAAAUAUUUCAACAAAU